AUUAAAGCUAUGAUAGUAUGAUAUACAACAAUAAUAAUAAUUCAUUUCUUCCGAAUAUUAGUUUUUUGGAAUAAUAAUAAUUAUUAUUAAAUGAUACGAUCUAAUGUAAAUAUUAGUAUUGGUUGUUUGAAAAGCUAGAGGUCCAUAUAUAUAUAUAUAUAUAUACACACGUAUAUUUAGUAUAACAUUUUGUUUAUCUAUUUCUGUCUAUAUACACCCGGUUGAUCCUAUAUGCUCACGAAAGUGUGAAAUGUAAGAAAAAAAAAUCUUUCCCAAUUUGCAAUCCACUCAUUAGAAAAAAAAAAAGAUGUCUUCUGGACAAAGAGCGUUUACUCAAAAGUUAUCCAAGCAGCAUCCUGCUGAAGUUCGUAGAAAUGUAGCUUGUCACAAGAGUAGUUUCAUAUCGCCUUCCUCUUCAUCGAUUUGGACUAAUGAUUUAGUGGAACCAUUUGAUUUUGAAGAAUUUGUUGGACAGUAUCAACUCCUAAUUGAUAAAGAUCCUCUUAGAAAUAUUUUAGAGGUGCCUCAUAGAGAUGUGGAAGUUGAUGUUAUUGAAAGGCCUAUUAGAACCAUACAGCCUGUGGUUCCCGAAGAAAAAAUUGAAACAUUACCGCCCCAUGUGCAAUCCUGUAUAGAAUGUUAUACAUCUGACUGGAAGGUGGUGAGAUAUAAUCAUAGAGCUCUCAGUAGUAGUGUCUCUACAAAAAAUAAUGCUUGUAAAAAAGUACAACCAAGUCCAAAACAGGAAUUUGAAGUGGAUUUUCAAGUACAAUCAAUAGAUAAUCAUAGUGAAGUUGAUUCUAAUUCAAUAUCUAGUAGCAGCAGACAAAGUGUCAUUUCAAUCAGUUCCAUAUCAUCAUGUGGAGAUACUUUAACUCCACGAAAUUCUUGGGCAUCCUUAGAUCUUAGACAUUCAGCUGGUGAUGCACUCAUACCCGAAAUAUUGGGGCAUACUUCACCUGAAACACUGGAUCAGAUAAAUGAGUCACGUAGGCAGGCAGAUAGACAAGAUGCUUUGUUUGUUUUGUACUCUAAUAAUGCAGAAAAUGAACCUUAUGAAUGUGUGGAAAAGAGAUUACCUGCUGUACCUCCAGCCGAACCUUUGAGUCAUAGGCUGUUGGUAAAAUGUCAGCAAUUAACUUUGGAUAUUGAAAUGGAACCACUUUUUGCAUCAAUGGCCCUCUAUGAUGCAAAGGAAAAGAGGAAAGUUUCUGAAACUUUCCACUUUGAUUUGAAUCCAGAAGGACUCAAACGUAUGCUAGGAGGCCACAUACCAUACAGUGACAUGAGCACCUUGUCUAGAGGUUGUAUUUUCAAUAUUUCGAAUCCAUCACCAGAUCUGUUUCUAGUUAUAAGAUUGGAGAAGGUUUUACAAGGCGAUUUGAAUGAAUGUGUAGAACCAUAUAUAAAAGAAGAUAAAAAUUGGGAUAAACUCAAAGCUAAUGCAGUAACUGUGUGUGAAAGACUUGGAAAAUAUAGACAAGCUUUUGCAUGGACAGCUAUCUAUUUAAUGAACGUCAUAAAUGGCAGCAAUUCUUUGGAAAGAGAAAGUGACAGGGACUCAGGUAGUCAUUCAAACACCAAUAGUUUGGAGAGAAAGUCUGCAGGAAGCAGCUUAGAACAACUCAGACGAAGAGCAACUGAUAUGGGAACCUUGACCAGAAGGGGUUCUCUAGAACGUAGAGAUAAAAGAAGGAGUUGGUCACCUGAUCAUUUAGCAAAUAGCUUAGAUACCUUCCGACCAAUAACUCUUACAGUAACUUCAUUUUUCCGCCAAGAAGGGGAGAAACUGAAAGAUGAUGAUUUAUAUAAAUGCCUUCAGGAAUUGAAGAGACCACAACUGAUUCUAAAAAAAAUUAAAUGUAUUCCUGCAACAUUAAAACUGGAAAUAUCACCUUGUAUUGGAGAAUACAAACAAUGUCUAACAACUGAGUUGGCUAAGUUAUUACCAUAUCCAGAUGAUAAAGGUAGACCUAUAAAAGAAUUACUAGAAUUUCCUACAAAGGAGUUAUUGCUACCUCACUAUAUGUAUAGGAAUCUGCUCUUUGUUAGUCCAAAAGAGUUGAAUUUUUCCAAUAGAGCUGGAUCUGCAAGAAAUAUAGCUAUCAAGAUUCAACUGAUGUCUGGAGAAAGCGAGCAUCAUGCUUUGUACAAUAUUUUUGGAAAAUCUAGCUGUCCUGAGAUGACAAAUGAAGCUUACACUGCAGUAACGUAUCAUAGUAAAACACCAGUAUUUUACGAUGAAAUAAAAUUAAAGCUACCUGCAACCUUAGCAGACAAUCAUCAUUUGCUGUUUACUUUUUAUCAUAUAUCCUGUCAACGUAAAGCUGAACAAAACACUGUGGAUAUUCCCGUUGGUUAUAGUUGGUUGCCCCUUCUCCGUGAUGGUAGAUUGAUCAAAGGAGAAUUCUGUCUUCCUGUAAUGUUAGAGCCACCACCUAGGAACUACAGUUAUAUACCUCCUGAUGUAUGUUUACCAGGAACUAAAUGGUUAGAUAACCAUAAAGGAUUAUUCAUAGUCACUUUAGACACAGCAUCUUCAGUUCAUACCCAUGAUCCUCCUGUAGAGAGAUUUCUUUCAACAUAUGAUUAUGUCCAUACUGGAAUAAUACCUGCUAGAUUAGGAGAAAGUGGCUUAGAGAAUGAAUUGAGUGCUGCAAUGUUGGGCUUAUCAGGAGCAAAGCCAGAAACCAUUAUCAAGCACUUACCUCUUAUAUUUGAUCUAGUCAUUCAGUUAUUAGUCCAGCCCCCAAGACUUUCCAAUCAAACACUUAAUAUUGGACAUAUAGCAUUUGAAACAUUAUGUUUACUUCUAGAAGUUAUUUCAAACGUACCAGACUUGUCUGUAGAUCAACACUCAAGGAAUGCUCUGUUGGCCACAUAUAUUCACUAUCAGUGCAAUUUGCCCCAUCCAAUGGGCAUCAGCAAUCAAAGCUCUCCAGAAUGGGAAGGAAGAUCGAACAUAACUAGAAGUAGCUCUAAUCCCGACCUUGAGGUUGCUCAGUUACAACAGCAAUAUAGAGGCCUGGACAGGGCAGCUAGUAUGAGAGCUCCAAAUGCUGAUCUUAUAAGUCCCAAUUCAAAUACAUGUCAGAGAAUUUUGCAUCAGGAACUUGUACUUCAAUGGGUGGUGUCCAGUGGAAGAUCUAAAGAGUUAGCUAAUCAGAAUGCCUGGUUCUUAUUCGAACUCACUAUCAAAUCUAUGGUUGAACAUUUAGCAUAUACUAGAACUUUGGAAGCUCCAAGGAAAUUAAGAUUCAGUGAACAUUUCUUGGGGGAUAUAUCUAAUUUAUUGCAGAUAAUCACAGGAGAAAUAAUUGCGCUCUCUAUUGGAGAUAUAAGAAGAGCUCACAAACUAAAUUCAGCUUUGGCUUUCUUUUUCUUCGACCUCCUUUCUGUAUCUGAUAGAGGCAAUGUUUUCCACAUGUUAAAAAACUACAAUAAGCAUCUGCAAACGAAAAUAGCUUCCAUUCAAGAUCCAUCUAUUCUUAUUGAAUUGAAGUUGGAAUUUAUGAGGAUUAUUUGCAGCCAUGAACAUUAUGUACCAUUAAAUCUUCCUUUUGCAUCGCCUUUCAUGUCGUCAGGAGCUGGUGUUUCUCCUAGUCCUAGUGUAACUAGCAGUACCAGCCAGAAUUCUUUCUUAUCUGGACCUCCUCCUAGUCAGGAUAGAUCGAGUGCUUUUGCAGAGUUAUCACCAGAGUAUAGACAGCAUCAUUAUUUGUCAGGUUUGGUUUUGUCAGAUGUUGCCACAGUUUUACUUGAAAUACAAAAUCAACACCUACAAGGAAAAGCUGUGGAUGCUAUAAAAUCACUUCUCAUUUGGCAUGACAGCGAUCCUAGAUACAACUCUCCAGAUGCCAAAAGAAGGGUAGCUGCUUUAUACUUACCAAUACUUUCCAUAGCAAUGGAUUGCCUUCCUCUAUUACAUCAUUUCAAGGUCGAUAAACUAGAUCGUUAUGUAAAUGAUGAUGGUGGGUCUUCCAAUAUCAAUCAAACAGUAGCUCUGGUGAUUGCUGGAAAACUUACUACUGGAACUUGUGAUUCAUUCUCAUCGACACGUAAAUCUGGUCUCAAUGCAGAAAUUACAAGGAACCUUCUAAUAUGUGUACUCUGGGUUUUAAAGAACAUUGAGAAAGAGUCCCUCUCAACUUGGUUAGGGGAAUUAUCAUCUUCUCGAUUAACUACAUUGAUGCAACUUCUGGAUGCGUGCAUUAGUUGUUUUGAGUACAAACCCAGAAAGAUGGCGCCACCUCCUACAGGAUAUGCUCAUGCUCAAGGUACGCAAGACAUGAGAUCAAAGUUGGAAGGAGUAAUUUUAGGACAAGGUUCAGCAAGAGAAAUGAUGCAGAGAAGAAAAGGAAAUAUUCCCCAGCAAGGAGCAGCAGAAAAAUUACGGUGGAGGAAAGAACAGAUGGCUUAUAGACCUACUUCAGAAAAUAUGGAUCGUCCUAGAGAAGAACUCCUCAAUGAUGUUUACUUGGAAGGUCAUUUCGCCACAGAAGCUUCAUUUAUAAUUCUGGACACCUUAGAAAGAUGCGUAUCUGUUGUUGCUCAGUGGGAUUCCCAACAGCACUUAGUAGGCUUAGCGUUAACUGUACUUCUUCAUGCCCUAGGUAAAAAUCAGAGCACAACAGUUUUACCGCAUAUGUUUUCAUCCCAAAGGAGUUUGGUUUACAAAUUCCAUGGUGCGUUAUUCGAUGAAGAAAAUAGUCAUUGUGCUGAUUUAUGCCUCUUGCUUUUGAAGCAUUGUGGAUCUCAAAUUGAAUCGGUCAGAUCUCAAGCAGCUGCAUCACUUUAUUUGUUGAUGAGACAAACUUUUCAAAUAGGAAAUAAUUUUGCUAGAGUAAAAAUGCAAGUUACGAUGUCCCUAAGUAGUUUGGUCGGCACAUCUUCUGCAUUCAGUGAUGACUCUUUAAGAAGAUCUCUCAAGACUAUUUUGGAAUAUGCAGAGAGGGAUGAUGAACUCCAAGAAACUACAUUCCCUGAACAAGUUCGAGACUUGAUAUUCAAUUUGUAUAUGAUCCUUUCUGAUACUGUUAAAAUGAAGGAAUUCCAAGAAGACCCUGAAAUGUUGUUGGAUCUUAUGUAUCGUAUUGCUAAAGGUUAUCAAAAUUCUCCUGACCUCCGUCUUACUUGGUUGGCAAAUAUGGCUCAAAAACAUAUGGAAAGGGGCAACCACACCGAAGCGGGAAUGUGCCUUGUCCACUCUGCCGCACUUGUUGCUGAAUACCUAGUGAUGUUAGAAUCUUUGCCUUACCUACCUUCGGGUGCGGCAGCAUUAGAAAGAGUCAGUCCCAAUGUACUCGAGGAAAGCGCUGUUUCAGACGAUGUAUUGAGUCCCGAAAGAGAAGGAGGAUGCUUAGGUUCCCAUUUUACGGAGGCGGGGCUUUUAGGUUUAUUAGAACAUGCUGCAAGCAGUUUUCACAUUGCUGCUAUGUAUGAACCAAUGAAUGAUAUUUACAGAGUAUUGAUACCGAUUGCAGAGAACAAUAGAGACUUCAAGAAAUUAGCUAAUAUCCACGGUAAGUUACAUGAUGCUUAUACAAGAAUAGAUCAACUCCAAGGAAAGAGGAUGUUUGGUACAUACUUCAGAGUUGGGUUCUAUGGAACAAAAUUUGGGGAUUUAGACCAAGAAGAAUUCAUAUAUAAAGAACCAACUCUCACAAAGCUACCUGAAAUAUUUAAUCGCUUGGAAAACUUCUAUGCAGAGAGAUUUGGACCAGAUAAUGUUAUAAUAAUAAAAGAUUCCAAUACUGUCGACCCAACACAACUGAAUGCAGAUAAAGCAUACAUUCAAAUAACUUACGUCGAACCUUAUUUUGAACAGUUUGAAUUAAGAUAUAGACAGACUCAUUUUGACCGGAAUUUCAAUAUCAAAUGUUUUGUUUAUGCAACUCCAUUUACGAUGACUGGCAAACCACAUGGUGAAUUGAAAGAACAAUAUAAAAGAAAAACCAUCCUUACCACUUCUGUUCAUUUCCCAUAUGUCAAAACGAGAAUUCAAGUUGUGAAGAGAACUCAAAUUACUCUUACUCCAAUAGAGGUGGCUAUUGAAGAUAUUCAGAAGAAAACUACUGAACUUGCAACUGCAACUGUGCAAGAACCACCAGAUCCAAAAAUUUUACAAAUGGUUUUGCAAGGAUGUAUUGGAACUACAGUCAAUCAAGGUCCUUUAGAAAUGGCCUUAACUUUCUUACCAAGUGAUGGAAAACCUCUAACUAAACAUCAAAACAAACUCAGACUUUGUUUCAAAGAUUUUUCCAAAAAAUGCGCAGAUGCUUUGAAGAGAAAUAAAAAUUUAAUUGGGCCAGACCAAAGAGAUUACCAAAGAGAACUAGAUAGAAAUUAUAAACGAUUUAUAGAAAAAUUACAUCCCUUAGUCAAUCCGCAAAAUAUUGUGGUGAACUCAAGCACUCAUCAAUGUUCUGGAUCUGAAACUACCAGUUUAAGAUGGUAACGAUAUUUAUCACUUGAAAUACCUUCAGAAUUUCAGGCAAACUUUACAUAUAUAUUUCUAAAUCAAGAUCUCCUGCUUUUUAUAAAAAUAUUUAUUCUUUUAUCCAUCAUAUGAAAUAGUUGCUAUAAGCUUUUUAUAUUUUUGUAGUUACGAAAUAAAAAGUUUGCAAAUUUUA